AACUAUAUCUUAAGCAUAUGUAUUUUGCCUAUUAACGUUAUUAACGUUAAAGUUCUGUAGCUAUAUAACGUUAUGCUAAUCUGUAAUUUAAGUGAACUUUUUAAUAUAAAUCUAACGGUUUGUACUGCAAAAUAUUGUGAAGGUAUAGUCACUCUUACGAGUUAGUAACGUUACUGUUUUACAUUAUAUAACUAUGCGGCUACAUAUUUGUAAAAUGAAAAACGUAGUUUUUGAUAACGUUAAUUUGUUUUGUGCUAAAUUAUGUGCUAACUUUAGGCAUGAAGGCUGUGUUAUUCAUAGAUAUUAUUCCGUCAUAGAUGUCAAAAUAAUGUAAUCUAUGAUGAUCUGUUACUAUCUUUGAGUGGUGCUAGGACUUUUGACAUAUUAUCUGACCAUACAAUACCAGCAUACUGUGUCUACGUGUUUAAAACUACAUAAAAAAGCUGAUUCUGACAUUCUGAAGUUAAAUUUGUUGACACACUGUAUAACAAUGUGAUAAUUGCUAGACAUUUUUAUUUAUCAUUCUACAGGAUGGCAGGGACCACCUUCAAAAGAUGUUCGUCGUGUAAUGUCCACAUAGCUGUGGCAUGUAAGACAUGCAAGCACUGUGGCCAAAAGCAAGCCAUGAAAGAGGCUGUGAAGGCUGCUAAAAGUAAAGUUAAUGCGAAAUGGGUGUCCAAGAUGAAGUCAGGACGUAAUUCAUGCAAACUGAUCAAUUCAGCUCACGUUCUGAUACACAAGUUGCAUGCUGUUGGCAAAUUUCCCUUUCUCCUGCUGGGAAAAAGGAACGCAUCUGGGUCUUUUACAGUGGAUGUCGUUACAGCACAUUCCUUUUCAACUAUACAGGAGCAGAAUACCCUUGACACUUUGAAAAAUAUUUUUUCAAGUCUUCUGAAAGUGAAAUAUAGUGCCCAAAGGGACCUUGCAAUUGAGGAGGACCCCCUCCAAGGUGGUGAGCCCUCCAAUGGUACUGGAGGAAAAGACACCACCAUAUCUCCAGAAGGGGUUUGAUGUCAAUGACCUCACUAGAGAAAACAGCACUAUGACUCCAGAAGGGGAUGAUCUCAGUGAAGAAGACACCACCAUCACUGCACUAGAGGAUGAUCUCACUGGAGAAGAUUCCACCAUCACUCCACACAGGGAUAAUCUCAGUGACCUCACUUGCAAAGAUUCCACCAUCACUCCAGAGGGGACUGAUCUCAAAAGUGUCACUGAAGGAGAUGUUGUUACUUUGAUCCUUACUCCUGUUGAAAUCUCUUCUGAUAUUUCUUCUGACCCCACUUCUGCUCUCCAACCACCAAUAAAAAAGAGAAUUCUUCGAAGGUUACCAGCGUUUUGCAAGACGGGUUUACCAGUACCCACAUUCUGUGCUUCACCUGCCCUUGUUCCAGGCAUAAAGACCCCCACUACAAAGCUCACACCUCCUGAAUUUACUAUGGCCAAUGCUCUGCCUGCAAAGGCCAAUGAGCUAGUCACAAAGACUCUUGAGUCUCCGAAGUCAUCAACCCGGAUGCGCUACAAGAUUAAAGACUGCCCGGUACACCUAAAUCAGGAACAUUUCCCCGUCUUAAAAACAUUGGGCGUCAGAAUAUCUCAGCAUGGGGAAAAGGAGAUAAAGGUGCGCUGGCAGCCUUGCUCUGGCUGUGGGGCCAAGUGGAAGGACACAUGGGAGCCCUAUGAACUUUUCCAAACGGACUGAUUUUUUUUUUUUUUAAUAAAAAUUAAAGCAAUUGUUGAAGCCUUUUCUUUUAUUGUAUAACUGAAUAAACUGAAGCAGAUGAAG